GUGGGGCCGCAGCUUCCGGGACCUCCGGGAAGCUGCUCGUCGUGCUGGUGACGUCUCGGCGCUUUUGCUGGCGAUGGCCGCGGCCGUCGCUAUGGAGACAGAUGAUGCCGGAAAUCGACUUCGGUUUCAGUUGGAGCUGGAAUUUGUGCAGUGCCUAGCCAACCCCAAUUAUCUUAACUUUCUUGCCCAAAGAGGUUACUUCAAAGACAAAGCUUUUGUUAAUUAUCUUAAGUACUUGCUUUACUGGAAAGAACCAGAAUAUGCCAAGUAUCUAAAGUACCCUCAGUGUCUGCACAUGUUAGAGCUGCUUCAGUAUGAACACUUCCGCAAGGAGCUGGUGAAUGCUCAGUGCGCCAAGUUCAUUGACGAGCAGCAGAUUCUGCAUUGGCAGCACUACUCGCGGAAGCGGAUGCGCCUUCAGCAAGCCCUGGCCGAGCAGCAGCAGCAAAACCACGCGGCGGGAAAAUGAAACCCUGGGGCCACCCCGGUCCUGACGUGUACAUGCUGCUUUUGUACCAUGAACACACAGACUCUCUAGCUGCCUUGGCGCGGGGGUAGCACCUAGAAGCUUUAGUGUACUGUUUCAUCCAAAUAACUUUCUCUUGUUAAUAGAUUACUUCUGUCAACCAGCGUUGUUCUACUUUGGUUUCCUUGUGAAUUUGUAAGUUACUAGUACUUAACCAACUGAAUAAAAACAAAUGUUAGGUGAUUUAAA